AAUAAAACUCCCCCAAAUUCAUACUAUUAACUCUCAUAGAUCGGCUUCUCUCUAAUUUCGACCUCUCUCUCUCUCUCUCUCUCUAGGGUUUGAAAGAUGUUCUCAAGCACUCAGUUCGACGCCAACUCCGCCUUCGCCGGUGGCGGAUUUACGUUCUCUCAGCAAUCACAGCCCUCCGAUUCAGAUCCCUCUACGGCGAAAAGUCGUGAAACUCAGGGUUUGGUUCCAGUGACAGUGAAGCAAAUAAGCGAGGCUUCUCAGUCUGGUGAUGAAAAAUCAACUUUUGUGAUCAACGGCGUGGAUGUGGCCAAUGUGACACUGGUUGGGAUGGUGUUUGAUAAAGCUGGAAGGAAUACUGAUGUUGGUUUCAACCUAGACGAUGGAACAGGACGAAUUGGAUGUAGAAGAUGGAUGAAUGAGAAUUUUGACACAAUAGAAAUGGAGAAAAUACUAGAUGGAAUGUAUGUUCGUGUUAAUGGACACUUGAAGAGCUUUAAAGGUGUCAAGCAGUUAGUUGCCUUCUCUGUCAGGCCUGUGACAAACUUUGAUGAGGUUGCCUUCCAUUUUAUCGAUUGCAUACAUAACCACUUGCAAUCUAAAUCACAGUUGCAAGGAGUUUCCCCGACCCAGCCUCGAUCAGGGGAUAUAUCCUUGAGCAUUCCUGUGAAGAAUGAAUCAAGUGAAUCAAGUGGAUAUCAGACAGCCCCAUCUAGUCAAUUAUCUGGGCAAUUUAGCAGUGAUGGGCUCAAGAGCUGUGAUCAAUUGGUCCUUGACUAUCUGCAGCAGCCUUCAAGCAUUGGACAGGAAAAGGGGAUACACAGGGAUGAACUUUCACGGCAGCUAAAACUUCCUGUGGAUAAGAUUAUGGAAUCAAUUAGGGCUCUUGAGGAGGAGGGUUUGAUAUACUCCACUAUUGAUGAGUUUCACUACAAGUCAACUGCAUGUGGUUGAUAUUCUUGAGGUUUGAACUUGCGCUAGGGUUGGGUGUGAACGCCGUUGCUGUUUUAUUUUUCUAGUCUUGUCUGGUCUGGAGUGUGUACAUAUCUAAUUAAUUAGAUGCUUUUAUUGGGUGUUCUUUCCAAUGAUCAUCCCAUUCUCGGUUC